CUGAAGACUGAAUGAGCUCAAAUAUUCACAGUGCAAGAUUGUUGAACAUGAAACUAAAUAAUAAAAAGUCAUCUUGUUGUUGUGUUCUUCUUUCAGUGAUUCACACGCUGCAGUAUUUCUACACUGCGUCCUCUCAAGUUCCAAACUUCCCAGAGUAUGUGAUUGUUGGUUAUGUUGAUGGAGUUGAGAUUAGUUACUAUGACAGCAACAUCAGGAAAACAGAAUCCAAACAGGACUGGAUGAACAAAAUCACAGCAGAGGAUCCAAAAUACUGGCAGAGACAAACAGAGAUCAGUGUUCGUCAUGAGUUAAUUGACAAACACAACCUUGAAGUUCUUAAGAAGCGUUUCAACCAAACUGGAGGUGUUCACAUUGUCCAGUGGAUGUCAGGAUGUGAAUGGAAUGAUGAGACUGAUGAGGUUAAAGGUUGGCGUCAGUCAGGUUAUGAUGGAGAAGAUUUCAUAUCGUUGGACAUGAAGACAUGGACAUAUACUGCAGCAAAACCACAAGCUUUCCCCUCCAAACUCAAGUGGGACCAGAACAUAUUUCUACUAGACUACCAGAAGUAUUAUUUCACUGAGGAAUGUCCUUCUUACUUGAAGAAGCAUGUGAAGAAUGGGAAGAAGGUCCUAAUGAGAACAGAGCUUCCAGAGGUGUUCCUCCUCCAGAAGACGCCAUCCUCUCCAGUCACCUGCAUGGCGACAGGUUUCUACCCCGACUUAGCCGACCUGUUUUGGAGGAAAGACGGCGAGCAGAUCUUCGAGGACGUGGAGCACGGAGAGCUGCUCCCCAACCACGACGGAACCUUCCAGAUGUCGGUGGAGCUGAAAGUGGAGGUGACGGCCGAGGUGGAGGGCAAGUACGAAUGUGUGUUCCAGCUGUCUGGCGUCAAGGAGGACCUGGUCACCAAGCUGGAGAGAAGAAGCAUCCUGAGCAACGCAAGCCGAUGCUUUGUGCACUGGAACACAGAGAGAUGUCUCCAUCGCUGA